CUUGAGUCACGUGCCUGUCAAACCCCGUUACCCUCGCGCAGCCGUCGUCAACACAACUGAGGAAGUAGCAAGAAGCUAACCUGGCUAACGUAAACUAAGUGCUACGGACAAUACGUUUUUUUAUUACCAAUCGUAUCGAGAUACUCAGUGGUACGUUAGUUGUUAUCGACGAAGUAGCUGACUGUCUUUGUUCGGUUUCCAGCCGACAUGGAGUGAGAGGGAACAAUGUUUUGGAGCAGUAGCCGUGGCUUGCUAACUUCUGAGCUAGCAGGCUAACGAUCAGCUGUUGUUUUGGUCGGAGAGAUAGCUGGUUUACAAGCCAAACUGCUUUUCAUCGCUGCAGUCAGCCACGCCAGGGUUUACUAAACCAAAUUUCCCCGUCGCCUGUCUAAACACCGAACUGCUCCGUCUGUUAAUGGCGACACACACAGGCGUACCACCCUAACAGAGUCGUCAGCGGUCCGUCAGUCAGCUGUUGUCCGACAGGCGUCAACUCCGUGUGGGAUCGAUCCAUCACAGCGGUCUGUAAUUGAAUCAGCAAUAUCGCUUCAAGAUGCAUGACGCGUAUGAACCAGUGCCUAUUUUGGAAAAGCUUCCCCUUCAGAUUGACUGUCUCGCGGCCUGGGAGGACUGGCUGCUUGUUGGAACAAAACCAGGGCAUCUCCUUCUCUACCGAAUAAAGAAAGAUCCAGGAACCAACCGGUUUGAGGUCACACUGGAAAAAUCCAACAAGAACUUCUCAAAGAAGAUUCAGCAGCUUUACGUUGUCUCACAGUACAAAAUCCUUGUCAGUCUACUGGAGAACAACAUCCACGUCCACGACCUCCUGACCUUCCAGCAGAUCACUGUGGUGUCCAAAGCCAAAGGAGCCACGAUCUUCGCAUGUGACCUGCAGCAAGCCGUCUCAGGAGAGGAAAGGCUGAGAAUGUGUGUCGCAGUAAAAAAGAAACUCCAGCUGUAUUACUGGAAGGAUAGAGAGUUCCACGAGCUGCAGGGCGACUUCGGUGCACCAGAUAUUCCAAAGUCCAUGGCCUGGUGCGAAAACUCCAUAUGUGUUGGUUUCAAACGAGACUAUUACCUUAUUCGGAUGGAUGGCCGUGGCUCCAUCAAGGAGCUCUUCCCCACCGGGAAACAGUUAGAGCCUCUGGUCGCCCCACUGGCUGAUGGGAAGGUGGCUGUCGGGCAGGAUGACCUAACUGUGGUGCUAAAUGAAGAUGGCGUUUGCACCCAGAAGUGUGCCCUGAACUGGACAGACAUCCCCAUAGCGAUGGAGCACCAGCCUCCGUACAUCAUCGCUGUUCUCCCUCGGUACGUGGAGAUCCGGACCUUUGAGCCGAGGCUGCUGGUGCAGAGUGUGGAGCUGCAGAGACCUCGCUUCAUCACCUCAGCAGGGCAGAAUAUUGUGUACGUUGCCAGCAACCACUUUGUGUGGCGCCUGGUGCCCGUUUCAAUAGCCACCCAAAUCCGGCAGCUUCUUCAGGACAAGCAGUUUGAGCUGGCUCUCCAGCUGGCGAAGAUGAAGGAUGAUUCAGACGGAGACAAGAAGCAACAGAUACAUCACAUCCAGAAUCUCUACGCCUUCAAUCUGUUUUGCCAGAAGAGAUUCGACGACUCCAUGCAGGUGUUUGCCAAACUCGGCACAGAUCCCACCCACGUGAUUGGACUGUACCCGGACCUGCUCCCGUCAGACUACCGCAAACAGCUGCACUAUCCCAACCCCCUGCCGACGCUGUCCGGGGCAGAGCUGGAGAAGGCUCACCUCGCUCUGAUCGAUUACCUCACCCAGAAACGCAGCCACCUGGUGAAACAGCUGAACGACUCUGACCCCUCCACAACGUCUCCACUCAUGGAGGGCACACCGACCAUUAAGAGCCGCAAAAAACUCCUGCAGAUCAUUGAUACCACCCUGCUGAAAUGUUACCUGCAUACCAAUGUGGCCCUGGUGUCCCCCCUCCUUCGUCUGGAGAACAACCACUGCCACAUCGAGGAGAGCGAGUACGUCCUCAAGAAGGCUCACAAGUACAGCGAGCUCAUUAUUCUUUACGAGAAGAAGGGCCUGCACCAGAAAGCUCUGCAGGUGCUGCUGGACCAGUCCACCAAGGCCAACUCUCCGCUGAAGGGCCACGAGCGAACAGUGGAGUACCUCCAGAGACUGGGUGUGGAGAACCUGGGCAUAAUCUUUGAGUUUUCUCCCUGGGUGCUGAAGAUCUGUCCCGACGACGGUCUGAAGAUUUUCACGGAGGACCUGACAGAGGUGGAGACUUUGCCCCGAGACAAGGUGCUGAAUUUCCUGAAGGAGGGUUUCACGGAGCUCGCCAUCCCGUAUUUGGAGCACAUCAUCUACGUGUGGGACGACAAGGGUCCGGAGUUUCACAAUGUGCUGAUCCAGCUCUACCUGGAGAGGGUUCAGAUCCUCAUGAAAGAGUACCUCAGCUCACUGCCAGAAGGGGUUCCAGCUGUUGCCGCAGGAAAGGAGAAGGGCAAACUGGGAGAGUUCAGGAACAAGCUGCUGUCGUUCCUGGAUAUUUCUACCAGCUACGAACCGGCCAGACUCAUCAGUGACUUUCCCUUUGAUGGCCUGCUGGAGGAACGGGCUCUGCUCCUGGGACGGAUGGGUAAACACGAGCAGGCGCUCUUCAUCUAUGUGCACGUCCUGAAAGACACCCGCAUGGCUGAGGAAUACUGCCACGGGCACUACAACAGCUCGGUUGAAGGAAAUAAAGACGUUUAUCUGUCUCUGCUGCGGAUGUACCUGUCACCCCCCGACGUCCACUGCCUGGGGCCCAUCAAGAUGGAGCUGUCGGGGCCUCAGGCCAACCUCCAGGCAGCCCUGCAGGUCCUGGAGCUUCACCACAGCAAGCUCAACACCACCAAGGCCAUCAAUCUGCUGCCGGCGAAUACUCAGAUCCGAGAGAUCCGGGUUUUCCUGGAGAGCGUCCUGGAGGAGAGGGCUCAGAGGAAACGCUGCAACCAGGUGCUGAAGAGUCUGCUGCAGGCCGAGUUCCUCAGGGUGCAGGAGGAGCGAAUCUUCCACCAGCAGGUCAAAUGUGUCAUCACAGAGGAGAAGACCUGCAGAGUUUGCAAGAAGAAAAUAGGAAACAGCGCGUUCGCCAGGUAUCCCAACGGCGUGGUGGUUCAUUACUUCUGCUGCAAAGACCGCACCGUGUGUCCCACUGAGCAGUAACAGGUUCUGUUUACUAAUAAAUAACCCCACCCACCCUGCUCCUCUCCGCCCCUUUUCCUCCUCGUGGACUUCAGUGCUUGGAAAUCCAUGAACUACAAAUACAUCAGGAGCUUGGAAGUGCUCAGAUUUGGACGCUUGUAUCCAAAGCACCUUGCAGAACUUUUGUUUUUGCUUUUGUCCCACCUGAGUUAACCUGAUGCUCGACUCUCGGAGCAGAACCGGAGCUCCCUUCUGAGGGGCGGCGACUUCCUGUCUCUCUGUGCAUGAAGAAAUAGGAGGAAUGUCCGGAGUCGCUCAGCAGGAGGGGAGAAAAGUGAAGAGACGGGGGGGGGGCCCUGACAUUUGAAAUGUAUGUGUCACUGUAACUCUAGAGGGGAUUCGCCCCCCCCCCCCCCCCCCCAACACUGUGUAAGCCUCCAACACUGCUUCAUACGCCACAUAGACUCUGCGGGAGUUCUGCUCGAUGCCUUCUGUGACUGAAGAUUGUGACGUCAGAUGUCCGUCAUGAGUGUCUUUUUAUUAAGCAUGUGCCGCUACUGACGAAGCAAAACAAGCGUUUAUGUUACAGCGUGUUUAACGGAGCCGUAUUUUAAUGAAACAUUUGAAGGGCGACCUCUCCGACUAACAUUAUUCACAGCCGUGUUCUUUCCUUCAUCUAGUGUCUUACUGCCAGACAGCAUCCACUCUUUUAAUGCUUUUGUUUUUUUGGUUUUUGAAGUUGUUAUCCGUCUUGGUAUUAGUUUUGUGUUUCCUUCUUUCCCAGUCAUAUCAAAAGUUUAUGAAAUAGAACAAACUUCUAAAGCGAGACUCGUGAAGAGGAAGGUUGGUGUCACAGAGUCUCUCUUUAACAUAGGUCACAGGAGUGCAGCACUUUAAAAGUGGAUGGAUGUCUCGUUUAUUUAUUAUAAAGUCUCAUAUCUGCGCGAUACGAACAGGAAGUGACGUGAGUGACUCGAGAGGUGUGAUUGAUCCAGGCGUUUUAAUGGCAAUAUCGGUCUGAACCGUGUGUGUGUGUGUGUGUGUGUGUGUGUGUGUAUGUAUGUGUGUGUGUGUGUGUUUACCGUCCGCCCGGGAGGUAAUUAAAGAAGCAGGUUAUUGAACAUAAAUGCAGGUAAUGAAUGUAAUGUUUUUAGAGUGAGUCGGGCUCUGGACAGUUCACUUCCAUGACUCAAACUUGUCUGUUUUAACCACUAAACUUUUUUUUUUUUAAAGUUAACUUUCUCACAAGUUGUAGCAUUUCCUGCGUCUUCUGCUCCUUUAAAUGCCCCUCCCCCUUCCUCCUGUGCUCUCAGAGGUUUGCACACAUCCUCAGCUAAGACUGUUUUCAGAGUUUUUUGUUUUUGAAUGGGAAUAUUUGUACCACUGUGUGUGAGGCUGCCUGAAGACCGACGGUGUUAAUGAGCGAUUUCUCAAUGAAGUUCUUUGAUUCUGAUGGAGGACCCAGCAGGUCCCGUCUGUGUCUGGCUUUAAUCAGUAAUAAAUAAUAAGCAUUUCCA